GGUCCCGCGUGGAGCCGCCGCCGCCGCCGCCGCCGCCGGGGAGGAGGAGGAUGAAGGACAAACAGAAGAGGAAGAAGGAGCGCACGUGGGCCGAGGCCGCGCGCCUGGUACUAGAAAACUACUCGGAUGCUCCAAUGACACCAAAACAGAUUCUGCAGGUCAUAGAGGCAGAAGGAUUAAAGGAAAUGAGAAGUGGGACAUCCCCUCUUGCGUGUCUCAAUGCCAUGCUACAUUCCAACUCAAGAGGAGGAGAGGGGCUGUUUUAUAAACUGCCUGGCCGAAUCAGCCUGUUCACACUCAAGAAGGACGCCCUGCAGUGGUCCCGCAGUCCGGCUGCAGUGGAGGGAGAAGAGCCGGAGGACACAGCCGACGUGGAGAGCUGUGGGUCUAACGAAGCCAGCACUGUGAGCGGUGAAAACGACGUUUCUCUUGAUGAAACGUCAUCGAAUGCAUCUUGUUCUGCAGAAUCUCAAAGUCGGCCUCUUUCCAAUCCCAGGGACAGCUACAGGGCUUCCUCACAGGCAAACAAGCAAAAGAAAAAGACUGGGGUGAUGCUGCCACGAGUUGUCCUGACUCCUCUGAAGGUAAACGGGGCCCACGUGGAAUCGGCGUCAGGGUUCUCGGGCCGCCACGCCGAUGGCGAGAGCGGCAGCCCGUCCAGCAGCAGCAGCGGCUCUCUGGCCCUGGGCAGCGCUGCCACUCGUGGCCAGGCCGAGGUCGCCCGGGACCCUGCCCCGCUCCUGAGAGGCUUCCGGAAGCCGGCCACAGGUCAGAUGAAGCGCAACAGAGGGGAAGAGAUAGAUUUUGAGACGCCUGGGUCCAUUCUUGUCAACACCAACCUCCGGGCCCUGAUAAACUCUCGGACCUUCCAUGCCCUGCCAGCCCACUUCCAGCAGCAGCUCCUCUUCCUCCUGCCUGAAGUGGACAGACAGGUGGGGACAGAUGGCCUCUUGCGUCUCAGCAGCAGUGCACUGAAUAACGAGUUUUUCACUCACGCGGCCCAGAGCUGGCGGGAACGCCUGGCUGAUGGUGAAUUCACUCAUGAGAUGCAAGUCAGGAUCCGACAGGAAAUGGAGAAGGAAAAGAAGGUAGAACAGUGGAAAGAAAAGUUCUUUGAAGACUACUAUGGACAGAAAUUGGGUUUGACCAAAGAAGAGUCAUUGCAUCAGAAGGUGGGCCAUGAGGAGGCUGACAUCAAGAAUGACUUGCAUGUCCCAGGAGAAUCAGCACGGCCACAGCGUGGUCCAGCCACCCGGCAGCGAGAUGGGCAUUUUAAGAAACGCUCUCGGCCAGAUCUCCGAACCAGAGCCAGAAGGAAUCUCUACAAAAAGGAGCCAGAACAAGCAGGGGUCACUAAAGACACACAGUCUGUGGCACCAGACAUCCCCCUCUACAAGGAUGGGGAGGCUGAGAGCGACUCAGCAGAGGCAGGCAGCCCUCAUCUGCCUGACACGGCCUCUGUAGCACCCGAACCAGAGAGUACUGAAUUCCUGACCCAGCCUGUGGCUUCCCGGACGCAGACCGAUCCAGGCGACCUGGCACGUGCCUCCGUGUCUCCAGACAGGAUUCCCAGCUUGCCUCAGGAGACUGCGGAUCAGGAACCCAAGGAUCAGAAGAGGAAAUCCUUUGAGCAGGCGGCCUCCGCAUCCUUUCCCGAAAAGAAGCCCCGGCUUGAAGAUCGUCAGUCCUUUCGUAACACAAUUGAAAGUGUUCACGCCGAAAAGCCACAGCCCACCAAAGAGGAGCCCAAAGUCCCGCCCAUCCGGAUUCAACUUUCACGUAUCAAACCACCCUGGGUGGUUAAAGGUCAGCCCACUUACCAGAUAUGUCCCCGCAUCGUCCCCAUCACGGAGUCCUCCUGCCGGGGCUGGACUGGGGCCAGGACCCUCGCAGACAUUAAAGCCCGUGCUCUGCAAGUCCGAGGGGCGAGAGGCCACCACUGUCAUCGAGAGGCGGCCACCACUGCCAUCGGAGGGGGGGGUGGCCCGGGUGGAGGUGGCGACGGGGCCACCGAUGAGGGAGGUGGCAGAGGCGGCGGCAGUGGUGAUGGUGGUGAGGCCUGUGGCCACCCUGAGCCCAGCGGAGCCCCGGGCACCCCUGGAGAGUGUGCGUCAGAUCUACAGCGAACACAACUACUGCCGCCUUGUCCUCUGAAUGGGGAGCAUAUCCAGGCUGGGACUGCCCUGUCCAGAGCCAGGAGAGAGGACCUGAUUGCUCUCAGAAAGGAGAGCUGCGCACGGCAGAGGGUUCCAGAUGUCCUCACAAGUGGGCUGGAAGAUGCCUCCCAACUCCCCGUUGCUCCCCCUGGGGACCAGCCGUGUCAGGCUUUGUCCCCACUGUCCUCCCAAACCCCAGCCCCGGAGAGAUCAGUUGAGCAGUGUACGUUGCAUCUAGAUGUUAGAACUGAACACGAGUCUGGUACCGCUUCCUUGGGAAGCGAUGAUGAGGAUCGAGGAUCCUCUCUUCCCCCAGAGGGUUGUCCUGUGCAGUCUCUAGUGGGGGAUGUUGUAUUGGAAGGAGGACCUGGCCAAGCUCGAGACCAAGACAGUAUCCCCACCAUGAAGGAUCCUGUGAAUGUGACUCCUAGUUCCCCCACUGAACCACCAUUGGCUGGUUGCCUGCAGGAUAGACUGUGUGAUGAGGAAUUAGGACUUGGUGACUCAUGCCCAUCCAUAAGGGAAAGUGCUACUAGACAAGAAGACUUGACAACUGAGGCCCUGGUCUCUGAUGGUGCUGCUCCUUGGGUGCCUGGCUUGUCAAAGGAUGAGGCAGUGGGACAGCCUGGACCAGACUCUAGGGAACAUGUCCCAUCUGUUGAGCCCCAGGCUGUGGAAGAGUGGGAGAAGGCUGCUCCCCUCAUUCCUGCGUUACCUGGAGAGUUGACAGCUGGGGAGGGGCUAGGCCUCCCUAACCACUUCCCUUUGCUCUGGACAGUGCCACCUCGAGGGAGCACUGAUGACAGCACUGGUAGCGACUGCAAACAGGUGGAAGGUGGAAAGUUGAAAAUCAAUGGAGACUCUGAAGCCCUGAGUCCUCAUGGCGAGUCCACAGACACGGCUUCUGACUAUGAAGGCCACCUGUCUGAGGACAACAGCGAGGCUGACCCCAAUGAGGCCACCGUGGUGAAGAGAGCCUUGGUGGUGGACACAGAUGAGAAACACAGUUGGAACCACUCUGCCUCACUCUCCAAAGUGAAUGGUGACCAGAGUCUGGUUACAAGGACAGACAGCAUGGCUGCUCCUCAGAGCUGGGUGUCUCGUGUAUGUGCAGUCCCCCAAAAGAUUCCAGAUUCCCUGCUGCUGGCCAGCACCGAGUACCAGCCGAGGUUCAUGUCUCUGGGUAGGCCUGGGUCCUCAGUGGAGGCCACUAACCCACUUGUGAUGCGGUUGCUGCAGGGUAACUUGCCCCUAGAGAAGGUUCUUCCUCCAGCCCAAGUCACUGGCAAACCUGAAUCCCCAUGUCUCCUCCUUAUGAAAGAGCAGAGCCUUGGCGGCUCCCUGGGAGUGGGAUCUUUGCAGGAUUUGGCAGAAAACAGUUGCGCAGUUGGCAAGAGCAGCUCCCGUUCUUUAAGAGCUUCAAAGGAGCCUCUUCUACCUGAAAGCCUUGAAGCAAGCACUGGUCUUGCCAGGCUGGAGCCCACCCAGGCUCCUGGAGCACCCCAGAAGAUUUCCAAGACAGUCACAAGUCUAGACUCCCUCUAUCCAGGGACAGAGCUGACGGCUGCCUCUGGGAAAGUAGAAGAAGUGGAUUCCAAAGAGCGGUUCUCUCCUGCUAGUUCGGAAGAUCAGAAGGAAGCCUGUGACAUGUCCCAGUGCAGUAAUUCAAAUGCUGCCCCAGGCAGAAGUCCUGGAAAUCUCACUACCUCGAGAGCCCCUUGUUUCUCAUCUUCAAACGCAAUCUCCUUGGCUCCCGAUCAGAUAGGUCGGGCCCUGGGUAAUCAGAACAGUGCUGGAGGCCAAGGGAAGAAGCUCUUUGGCCCCAGGAAUGAGGCUGCAGCCCUUCCGCAACCCAGACCCGUAGAGCCAAUGCCACUGCCCGCUGAUGCCCCUCCUGGUUUUCCCAGUCGGAAGUUGGGGCCAAGCAAAAACUCUGUGUCCGGUGGGGUACAGACCGCCAGGGAAGACUGGGCUCCAAAGCCACCGCCUGCCUCUGUUGGCAGCAUCAAGAGCGAGAAGACUUUUGGGGGGGGUCCUCUCAAGGCAAAUGCCGAGAACAGAAACGCCACUGGGCCUGGUCCUCGGGAACUAGUGGAUCACUUGCAGGGGAUGCCCUUUGUCCUUGACCUGCCCUUCUGGAAAUUACCCCGAGAGCCUGGGAAGGGGCCUGGUCAGCCUCUGGAGCCUUCCUCCAUCCCCUCCCAACUCAAUAUCAAACAGGCAUUUUAUGGGAAGCUUUCCAAACUCCAGCUAAGUUCCACCAGCUUUAAUUAUUCCUCUAGCUCCCCCACCUUUCCCAAAGGCCUUGCUGGGAGUGUGGUGCAGCUGAGCCACAAAGCAAACUUUGGUGCGAGCCACAGCGCAUCCCUUUCCUUGCAGAUGUUCACUGACAGCAGCACGGUGGAAAGCAUCUCGCUCCAGUGUGCGUGCAGCCUGAAAGCCAUGAUCAUGUGUCAGGGCUGUGGUGCGUUCUGUCACGAUGACUGUAUUGGACCCUCAAAGCUCUGUGUAUUGUGCCUUGUGGUGAGAUAAUAAAUUAUGGCCAUGGGAAAAGUUGUAUAUUUA